AUGGUUGUUUACGGCGCCAAUGACAAUGUUGGUGGUGUGAUCCGAUUGCCACAACACCACGAGGGGCAAGUCGUCUCUUCUUUCCUUCAACCUUCUCAACCAGAGGUCAUCGCAAUUGAUCCACAACUGGGACUAGAGCUGCCCACAACAACCAUUUCCCCAUCUCUGUCUCUGGAUGACCUGAGAUCUGCUUGGUUCCUGACCCCAGACUCUUGGGAAGUUGGCUCAGUUGAUACCUCUCGCCUUGUACCAAUCUCAGUUGACGAGGUACACAUUUGCUUCGAUAAGACGAAAGACUGGCUGAAGGAGUGGAUCAAGACUGGAAGCAACCCCUUCAUCCACCUUGAGCUAAACAAGAAGAGCGUCCCGAGCUGCAUACAGGAUGCUUUCAUGGCUCUAUCGACAUAUUUUAACAAGACGGACAAGACCAGCGAUAUGGUCUUUCGAUUUAUAGAAGACAAGGCGAACAAGCUUGCCGUCUCACAUGAUUGCCAACAGGCUAGUCUUGUUGACGAGAUUGGCCGCGUACAAUCACUCUUCAUUUACACUUUUAUCCGUCUUUUUGACGGCAAUAUCCGUCAACGGCACUAUGCAGAGCAGCACCUACCUAUUCUACACCGCUGGGCCAAGCAGAUGCUAUCCCACGCCUCGUGUGCCACCAGCGACGACAGGCUACUUCUUCACAAUGCCCUCACAGUCUACACCCCGGAACUCACCUCGAAUCCUCCUGUUCCCUGUCAAGCGUCUCCUGAGCAGCUUCUAUGGCAUGCAUGGAUUCUCUCCGAAUCAGUCCGACGGACAUGGCAGUGGGCCGUGUUUUGGAGGGGUACGCAUCACUACAAGGAGGGGUGUCUGGGAUGCCAAGACGGCGGCGGCGUGGACUAG